UUACCUUCUAUGGGCCGUUUAGGGUUUAAAGCAGCUAAGGUAAUUGGCUUAAGUAAACAGUACGAGAAAAAGCAUGUGGGCCCAUUAGAGUUUAGAGAAAAAAUCAGACGUGGAGAAGAUGAUGAUGAUGUGGUGUGUGAUGGAGAUACAGGAUAUCCAUUUCUCUUCUGGUCGUUUCGGUCUCAAUCAGCAGAGGCAUCAAAAUCAAAGCUGUAA